AUGUUUUCUUUUUGUUUUCCUCUUUUGUCCAUUUCUCUGUGGAUAAUCGUAGAUGGCAUACAGAUGAUAGCUGUAUCACGUGAACGAAUUAAAUUUUUCUUUCUUUUUUCUUUCUUCUUCUCCUUGUUCGAUUUUGUUCUUUUUUCUAACUUUCUGUUUUCUUUAUUUCUUCUUUCUAUAUUUUACUCACGCUUUCUUUCUUUCUUUCUUUCUUUCUUUCUUUCUUUCUUUCUUUCUUUCUUUCUUUUCUUUCUUUCUUUCUUUCUUUUUCUUGUUAAAUUUGUUUCUUUCUUUUGUUCUCCUUUCUUUUUCUUGUUUGGUUUCUUUCUUUCUUCCUUUCUUUCUUUUGUUCUGUUUCUUUCUUUAUUUAUUUAUUUAUUUUUCUUUCUUUCUUUCUUUUCUUCACACUUUCUUUCUUUCUUUCUUUCUUUCUUUCUUUCUUUCUUUUCUUUCUUUCUUUUUCUUGUUCAAUUUGUUUCUUUAUUUGUUCUUCUUUCUUUCUUUCUUUCUUUCUUUCUUUCUUUCUUUCUUUCUUUUCCCCUUGAUCUAUUCCCCACUUUGCUCUCUUGGUUCUUCUCUAAUAUCUAUCGAAGGGGAAGAAUUACCCGAAGGUUAACAAUUCGUCAGAAUGCUAUCAACUCCCGAACGAUGCUUGCUCUCCCCCUUCUUUAUCUCCCCUCGCCCCUCCCCUUUCUAUCACACUUAACUGUCUUUUCGGCCGUUGGCGACACAAUAACCCACUCAAAAGACCUAAUCAGCAUCAUUGAUGUUUAUCCAGCCGUUUGUGGGCUUUUUGGCACACAAUUCGCAUUUUUCUUUAACUCGUCCCCCACUCGAUUUCUUUUCUUGCCAUUUUUAUAUCUUUUGAAUCUCUCUUUUUUCUGUUUUCGAGGCAUUUCGUUUUAUCUUCUUUUUGUCUUCACUUUCUAUUUUAAAUCAACUUCUUUUUCUUUUCUUUCCAUAUUUUUCUUUCUACCCUCGCUUUCCUUUCUUUUUCAUUUUCUUCUUAUUUUCAUUGUAAGUCUCUUUCCUCUUUUCUCCCAUUUUUUCUUUCUAUUUCACUUUUCUUAUUUCUGUUAUGUUUUUCUCUCCCUCUUUAUAUCAUUGUCGCCAUCUUUUUUUUAUUCUCUCACUUCCUAG